UUCUCUGCUGCCGCCGCCGCCUGCUACGUCACUUCCGCCUCUUCCACGCGUUCCCGGGUCCCCGGCGCCGGCGCCGCCAUGGGCCGCUCGUCCCGGGACAAGCGCGACGUCUAUUACCGGCUGGCCAAGGAGCGCGGCUGGCGGGCGCGCUCAGCCUUCAAGCUGCUGCAGCUGGAGCAGGCACAGCCGGGGGGGCCCCCCCGCGUCGUGGCCGUCGACCUCCAGGCGAUGGCGCCGCUGCCCGGGGUGCUGCAGAUCCAGGGGGACAUCACCAAGGCCUCCACCGCCCGUCGCAUCCGCGACCUCUUCGAGGGGCUCCCGGCCGACCUGGUCGUCUGCGACGGGGCCCCCGACGUGACCGGCCUCCACGACCUCGACGAGUUCAUCCAGGCUCAGCUGCUGCUGGCGGCCCUCAAUAUCACGACCCAGGUGCUGCGGCCGGGGGGCACCUUCGUGGCCAAGGUUUUCCGCGGCAAGGACGUGACGCUGCUCUACGCCCAGCUCGGCCUCUUCUUCCCGUCGGUGACGUGCGCCAAGCCGCGGAGCAGCCGCAACUCCAGCAUCGAGGCCUUCGUCGUCUGUCGCGGCUUCCGCCCCCUCCCCGGCUACGACCCCGCCCAGGAGCCCACCCCGCUGGAGCCCGGGAGCGGUCAUUUUGGCAUUGGGCUCAUUUGGGGCAGUUUUGGGGCAAUUUGA